UGACGUCAUGGAACGAGGCGCAGCGGCCGCGUGAAUUCUCUUUGUGUGUAGAUAACACUGCUUUCAGAUGGACGGCAGCUUAAUCUUCUACAUCGUUCCGCGUUUGUGCAGGACACAUUUAAAUCAUCAUUGCGUUCGUUGAAGGCUUGUUACAGCAAUCUAAACAACGAAAUGCAUAAAUAGGCAAAUAACUACAGACAGCCUUAAUGGAGUAUACGCAUUCAGCAGACUACGUAUUCCAUGCAAUGUGCACGCGACCGGAUAUGGAAACAAGGAAACACCCGCCCGGAAGUCAAGCCGUGUAACCACAGGUUUGCCCCUUCCUUGAAGAAUGUGUCUGGCCUCAAGGCAAGAUGUACCGGUGGUGUCACCUGCUUGCCGCGAAUUGUCACCUAUUUGUGGUCGCGUAUCAGUGACUUGGCUGCGCAAGAAACAUCGGGACAAACAACCAUGGCGACCAGGGCGGGCAACGGGGACCCAGAAGCCGUAGUGACUUGGAAUCAAGGAGGACACAGACUCUUCCAAGAAGACAUGGGCAGCAGCACCAGUAGCAACGACGAGUCAAAGCCCAGGACAUGUAUGGCGGGGGAAGCGGUAGCCAUUUUGGAAGGCGACGCGAGGAACGUUACCGGAACCGGGGAAAAGGAACGGCGAGAGUUCGGCGGCGACGUCUGCAGCGGCAAAGCCUACAGUAGACGGGACGCCUCGCGUAAGAACGCCGUCCAGCAAACGGAAGAUAAAGCCCGCGUUACCGGAGCACGCGUUCAGCCCCCCGCGAAGAAGUCCAACUCCGCCGGACAGCGUCGAAAGCGCGCGCGCCGCAAACACUCCACAAAGUCGCGCGCCAGCAACGCUCCACAAAGUCACGUGCCACCAACGCUCCGCAAAGUCGCCUGCCACAAACGCUCCACAAAGUCACGUGACACCAACGCUCCACAAAGUCACGUGGCACCAACGCUCCGCAAAGUCACGUGCCACAAACGCUCCACAAAGUCACGUGACACGAACGCUCCGCAGAGUCACGUGACACCAACGCUCCACGAGGUCACGUGCCACAAACGCUCCGCAGAGUCACGUGCCGCAAACGCUCCGAAUAGUCACGUGCCACGAACGCUCCACCAAUGCGAGACGUGCCCGAAGUCGUUCUCGCGAGCCGCCAACCUUCGGGCCCACCAGCGCGCCCACACCGGCGAGAAACCGUACAAGUGCGGCGCGUGCGACAAGUCGUUCACGCAGAAGGCCAACCUCAGCGCGCACCAGCGCACGCACACGGGCGAGAGACCGUACCUGUGCGAAGUGUGCGGCAAUUCCUUCCGGCAGAUGGCGACACUCAACGUGCACCGACGCACGCACACGGGCGAGAAACCGUACAGUUGCCCAGCGUGCGGCAAAUCCUUCACGCAGAGGGCGAACCUGAACGCGCAUCGAUGCGCGCCCUGGAGCCAGACGUCCCACGUGGGCCAGGAGUUCGCCGAAUCGUUCGAAUGCGAGCGAGACCUCGGUGACUGGCUCGACCUGCCUACGGGCGCUGGAGCUUCCGCUCGCGAAAUGUGCAACGAAUCUUUUUCAGACACCCCAAGUCUCGGACUUGACCGUGGUAGCCAGGCCGAGGAAAUGCCGUAUCAGUGCGAUUACUGCGAAGCGUUUUUCGCAGACAGGUCGGCCCUCGACGGACACAUGUGUCAAAAAUUCGUGUGCGUUUUGUGCGGAGCGUUUUUUCCGGAUACGGAUCAACUGAUCGCCCACCUCAAGGAGCACUGAAGUGUUCGGCGCUCGCAGCGUGACUGGCACACGGACUAAGCGAACUCGCUGCAAGACGAAGUCUAAUUAGUUAGCUGCAAGUGCUUUGUGUAAUUGGAGCGUCGAAAGAAAUGUACGCGGAGCGUUCUUGAUUCCUCGUUCAGUGAUAUAAGUUUUCUCCGCAAGAGUUUUCACAGUGUUCUAGUAAGGAACGUUUAUUACAAUUUUCCACCCUGCAGUGUGAAUAAAGAAAGAACGUCUGCUGCCACAAAGUGCUUUUCUAAGGCAAUGGGGUGUUUUCUAGCAAAAUAGGUGUGAAGCUCCACCAAAUAUUGAGGUACUUGAGGGCUCAUUGCCUACGAGAGAAAGUACUUGGAGAUACUCUUGCGAUAAUAUUUAGCCACAGGGUGUGCAAAACAUUUCUUCCUUAUUGUUAUUUUGUUGGAUGUAUUGAGCUUUUUCUUUCUGAUUGCCGAGACUCAUGUGAAGCAGUCUUUAGCUGUUUUAUUGAUGCAGAAGGUAUUUUCUGCGCCCCAAACUGGGAGCUGAUGACAUUGCAUGGUAAUACUGCAUUAGGUUCAAAUCAUUGUAGUUUCACUGUACUGUUUGAUCUACUGCAAUUUUUUUUUUACUUAACGUUGGUUUGACUUAGCAAAACCUUUGUCAUUCUUAAAGAGCUUUUCUUUACCCACUCGGAAGUCGUGUGUUUUGACUCUCCCUUUUCUGUUAGAGCUGUAGAAUCCUUUUAGCCUUAUGUGAGAAACAUAUUCGUGCGAGCAGUGACUAGGCAAGUAACGUAUGGUGCUUAGGUGUAUGAAUGAUUAAACCUAUUCUUGACGGAA